AUGAGGUGCCCCGGCCCGGCCCGGGGUUCGAUCGAUGUCGAAUAUGACGAUUCCCCCCCGGACCGCCCUCGACCUCUGAGGCAGGAAGGCUGGUGGCAGGUUCUCCGCAUCGAUUCGUGGAGGAUCCAUGUGGAGGACCGCGGUAUGAGAAUUAAGAGUUGGGCUUGGCGAGAUCUAUCGUGUGUAUAUCCCAUUCUGGUCGUUGUCCUCCCCGGGCCGAUCGCGUGUACUGGGUGCAGCGGUGACCUCAUCUCUGGGCCUUUGCAUACGUCCGGUCUUGACCGCAUGUUCACCAACGCCGACAAGAUCACAAAGCUGCGGCGCCUUCCAGCGUCCCGAAUCCACAUCGCAUCUUUCGGCAUCUCGGACAAAGCUCGCGAGAUUCAUGAAGAGGAAGCGCUGAACAGUCGACCUGUUGCCUACCCGGCUGGAGUGCUCUCCCAGACGCCCCUUGCUCUUGUCGAACAAUAUGAUAUCAAUCAUUGCCGCUUGGCGCAUCUAUAUCUUAGGCAUCAUGUGCCGCGCGGCAUCUGGGAUGAUCGACAUCAGGCGGGCAGGGGAACUUACGAGUACAGCAUCAGAGCUUGCAAACCAUACGUCACCUACCUGCUACCUGCUUCUCAGUCACAGAUCGAUGCGCUUAAUGGGCUCAUCGACGUAGGCGCGACAUUACCAACCAAUCAAACGCGACAACCCGCGCUCAGGCUUUCGAGAGUCGUAUACGAAAGAGCCACUCUCUUUCUGUUUUCAUCUUCAGGAUCACUAGCUCUACACCUCGGCCUCCUCCCAGUCAACGUCAUGGGCGCCCAUUGUUACAUCGCCAAUCUUAGCGACAAAGUCCGCUACUUCUCAGGAGGAAAGUUUGGCGAAAACCCUUUCCACUACCAGUCCCAAGACCUACUAGAUCUCCUCAUCGGUUGGGAAAACCCUCUACCGAACUUGCGAGAAUAUCUUGCUAGUAUCGAACGCCGACGCGGAGACCAAGAUGCCGAAAUAGACCAACACGAAUGUCGAUUGCUUCAACUCCCUUUGGAACUUUUCGAACAUAUCCUCGGAUUCCUCGGAAACUUCGAAGACACGUUGAUCCUCUCUUUUACCUGUCGAAAGGCGAUGAAGAUGACAGCGCCCUGGGCCAUGACUGUUCGUGACGGUCUUUCUCAGGCGGUCGGACCCUUCUCUUAUCCCAACGAACCUUGGAACGGCAAGCGGAUCAUCGUCAGCGAAGAAGGUUUGCAUAGGGACCCCCUGGUGCAACACGCUCAGACCGCCGUCCUCGCUGCGGCCAAACUGAGAGGCGAGGACGAGUCGAACCCCAAGGUGAUCGAGUUGUUACGUCUUGUGGAGGACAUUCGGGUGCCGGACGAACGUGCAGAAUACAGGACAAAUUCGAGUCCGGAGGGAGAGGUACCCUUUCGAGACACGUCUGUGAAAGCCGUUCGGGCUCUGGGCUGGGGGCUGAAGGACUAUACUUCCGUCUUUCCCACUACACGACGCAUAUGGGGGUUACCCGAGACGGCCGACUACGAGGCAUUCAUAAAGCGGAAAGACGUCAAAUCAUCGAUGACCAUAUAUGGUACUGGGGCGGACGAUGAGUACUGGCGGCCGAAGCGCGGUCCAGACGAUCCGCCUAUACCGGAGAGACACGCAAAGCGUCUGGAGGAGAAGCGGCAACUGCAACAGCGAUCCGAAGAGGAGAUCAAACGUUACGUUGCAAACGGAGACGUCACGGGGAAAAAGAUGCUCGAGUUCUUCCAUCGCAAGCCUGAACAGCCUGCCUACCGUAUCAUCAACCUCGAUACCCUCGAACACCUGGAUUCGACCCAGGUCAGGCUAGGCCUGUCGCGCUGUCCGUUCGAGCCAUUCGAUGCCGCCUACGUCGCGUGGGCGCAUCUAGUCUAUAUGCCUCAUUACAACAUAUUAGAGUAUCUAGAUUACAAGGGACCAGAGGUACUUGGUCUGGGACGAUGGGCUGGACACCGUCUACGCUACCAGGUCCUACAGAACAAUGGCAACGAGCAGAUUGAGCCUCGUACGACGAAUAUCACUUUGGAGAUGCUGCCACUAGCGGUGACAACAUGGAAUGUUCAGAACACCUGGGACAUCUAG